AUGGCUGCGAGCUCCAGUCACAGAGUGACUGGCUUUGAGCCUACAUUCAUGAUGGAUGGCACUCCAAAUUCGUACGCGUUCUACAAUGAUCACGUUCAUCGACGAAGCUCCGUACAAGAUGACAUGACGACCAUUGACGAGGACAGAAUCGAGGACAGAAUCGAGGACAGAAUCGAGGACAGAAUCGAGGACAGAAUCGAGGACUUUUCUGAUCGUCAUCCCUUUGGCAGAGAUGGUGUUCUCGUUACUGAAGACCCUGUACCAAGUCCUGUACCUACCACUGCUCGCAAUCCAUCACUACUGCGCAGAUUGUCGACGCGAUUACGUACAGGUGGCUCAGUUUAUCGUUCGCGUCCUAGUCAACGCAGGGAAUAUGCCAGUAUUGGGGAGUCACACUCUGAUGUUGUUCCAGUUGACCUUACUUCUUUAGGAGGUCUAGGGAUCGAGCUGAGGGAGAGGUCGGCCAUUCAUGCUGUUCAGGGCAGAUCGGAGGUUCACCAUGAUACCGCGUAUCGGGGAGCGACCGAUAGCACGAGUGCGCCAAGCUUCAACGAGUUCAGAAGGAGGACUUUGGGGUCUGGUAUGAUUAUUGGAGCCGAAUUGAGGCGUGACCUGUCCAGAGCCGACGAGGAAGCCUCAACAGGAUCCGGUAGUGCGCGCGAAGAUCAGAUAAAACGCAUGAGGACGGUUCGUCAGGUAGGUCGGAGUCUUGCUGAAGAACGGGGUCAGAUCAUUGCAUACAACGAGGGCGUCGAUCUAAGUCUGCUAGAUGGUUCUGACAUCAGACACACUUCAAGCGAGAGCGUCGACGAAAUCAGUGACUUGAGUUUGUUAGAAGGGUCCCGUAUCAGACACCAGCAAAGCACGACUUUUGAGGGAAUGAACUUGAACAGGGCAAGCACAGUGCCAGACACACAGAGCUAUUAUUUCCCCAGUGAUCCCGAUGUUCCGAACUGGAAGCCCAUCUUCAUGCAACCGCCCUACAUCAUCUUCCUUGUGGUGAUAGCUUUCGGGCUUGCUGGGUUUCAAGAGUUCAUCUGUCAGAAGUCUUUGGAAGCGCAAAGAGAGACCCCAAUGACAGCUCUACUCGCUUUCGAUUCAGUGAAUGAGGUCUCCGUAUGGUGGUUCUUUGUUUGGAAAUACCUGCCGACAGGCAUCACCAUUCUCUACGCCAUGAUGUUUUCACUAAUGGACUUUGAGAUUCGCAGGCUUGAACCUUACUACCAGUUAUCCAAGCCUCACGGCGCUCGUGCAUCGGCGAGCAUAAAUCUUGAUCAUUUGACAACGUUUCAGUAUUUUGUGCCUUUCAAUGCAGCUCGUCUUGGACAAUGGGCCGUGCUUGCAUCAACAGUCGCAAACAUCAUCGUGGCCACGAUCGCGCCUGCUGUUCAGAACCCGUCAGUCGAUUUUCAGCCCAAUCCUGACUGUGCCAGUAAGGAAGGACCACAACUGUGUCCCGACGGGUUGGGCAUGAAAAGGUUUUGGGUUCUUAUUGACCCAAAUUGGUCACGAGCACUUACUGCAGCUUAUAUCUUGGUGGGCUGCAUACUAAUCUUUCUUCUGAUACAACUGCGCCGUAAAUCGGGCUUGCUCAGCGACCCGAAAGGCAUAGCCGGUAUUGCUUCCAUGGCAACCAAAUCCCACAUCCUACAAGACUUUCGAGGCCUCGAUCUGGCAACUCGUGGCGAUAUCCAUAAGAGACUCGCUCGCAGAACGUACGUCCUAUACAAGCACUCGAUAUGGCAGGGCGAGUAUGUCUCCGAGCAUGAUAGGGACGACUUCCAGGACAGCGAACGAAGACUGCAUUCGCCACACCCUAUUAUGUUGAGAUUGGAAGCCGGGGCAUUUUUCAUCAUCUUCAUGAUAUUCUGCCUAGGCGCAGUGCCUGCAAUAUGUGUAACAAAAGCCAGGUGGAUACCAAACACACUGCCAUGGUUGCCAAUCUUGGUGGCGACAAUACUGAAAAUGAUUUGGUCGACCUUCGAGGCAGACGUACGUCUCAUUGAGCCAUUCUAUCAACUCUCAAAAGGGAAUUGUACUCCGAAGAACUCACUUACUCUGGAUUACCAGUCAAAAGUAUAUGGACUGAUGCCUGUUGCCGCAGCACUCAACGGACACUUCCUGGUUGCCUUGGUUGGCAUGAGUUCAGUGCUGUUGGAUGUUCUCUCCGUUACCAUAGGAUCCUUCUCGGUCGAUUCGAACGUAUUUCUGCGAGGCAAGGACGCAGACUCAAAGACAGGAGAGCGUCCUGCCGACAGCGAUGAGACGUAUGUCUCGUUCUGGGUAUCGUUUGGCUUGUCUAUGGCCAUUCUUGUGUUCGCUAUAGGGGUAGCAUGUCUGGUUUACGAUCGUCGACGACACCCGUUUCUCCCCAGAAGUCCUAGCACUGUUGCGGCCGUGCUGUCGUUCAUCUACAGCUCGAAGAUGCUGACGGACUUUAUUGAUACAGAAAGGCUCGAUAACAAAGGUAUGGAGGCAAGACUGACGAAUUUGAACAAGCGAUACGCCCUCGGCUGGUUUCGAGGUCGUGACGGCAAGGUUCAUUGUGCUAUCGAUGAGGAGCCGAUAUUGUCGAGGUAUAUACAUGGUAUGCCGUACAGCAACGCCAUAUCAGGUCCACUACAGGAUCAUGAGACAUUCUAUUAUCCAUGA